UCUCCUCCAUCGUUGGUCGCCAGCCCGAUUCCGCUGCAGUUCAGCAUGUCCCACAAGAGCACAUCGGAGGACGAUCCGACGGGUGGCAUAAUUUCCAUUACCGAAGCCGAACAACAGGACAGCCCUCAUUCCGGCCAUCCCAGCCGUGUCUGUGCCUCUCUCGCCAGCCAUGACAUCCUCACGAUCUUGAUCUGCAACGGCGCCUUCAUCGCUGCCAUCGAUGGCGGAACCCUGGCUCUCCUUCCCGACCUGGCGCCACAGUACAAGAAUGUACUCUCACUUGUUUCUGAGGACGCCUGGUUUCGAGUUGCCCAGUCCCACUUUGGAGACAGGGUGAAAGUCCGCGAUAUCUUUGGCAAGGUUGAGAAAUCGAUAGGUCGGAAGAGCAUCCUCCAGGGAAUAUGCCACUUCCUCACACGCAAGAACGGAUAUCCCACGAGUUUCGAGACAUAUCAGAAGGAGCUGUCGCUCUGGGCGGCUGUCCCUCGGCACAAGGCCCUCCGCAAAGCCAUCACGUCCCGAAGCAAGGGCCUGGGUCUCGGCCAUCCCUUCGACACUGUCGGCUACUGGAAAAUAUGCCACGAUGAUGCCCACGACGCUUUCCGCUCACUCAGUCCACAGGAUCAGUUCAAGAUCCUCGACAGCUCCAUUGUGCUGGUUGAAAACGGGCAGCUGCGGUGUAAGGGCAAAUGCGGCGCUACUGACUGCCGUUCAACAUACAGCAUCGUCCGGUUCGAACACCAUCCACUCCACACCGACGAGCAAGUUUCCAAGCUGCUCCCGCACGAAUUGUGCAUCUUGCAUAAUCUUCAGGGACUUGCUCACCUCCGAUUGAUCAACUGCGCAGCCUCCAUGCUAUCGGACAGGCCACGAAUCAUGAGGCGUAUCAAAGAUCUUGCCGUCGACGACUCUGUCGGCAGAGUCAUAGACUUGACCGGAUGUCCAGAGAUGCCCCAACUUGAAUCCUUGACACUUCGGUGCAACAUCUUUGACCUCAAGGGAAUGCCAGAGCGUCUACCCGCUCUAGCCUCUCUCGAUUUGUCCGGGUGCGCAAAGCUCGAAAGCCUCAAAGGACUAUCACAAUUGCCGAACAUCCGAGUCGUAUACCUGCCUCCACUUGUCCAGAGCAUCGACUGCCUCUAUCAAUACUUUGAUCAAAUUAUACUGCUAGACAUGGGUCGCUGCAGCCGAAUGGAGACUCUCGCAGGAUUCCCGCCCUUGCCCAAGCUGCAGACUCUCCGUCUCCCGGGCUCACUCCAGACGCUCAGUGGAUUCCCGACCCAACUAAACUCGCUCAAGAUCUUGGACAUGUGGAUGUGCGAUCAAUUGGAAUCGAUCCGAGGUCUGCCUCCGAUCGCGAACUUAACAGCCAUCAAACUCCCUCAAUCGCUCUAUCUGAAGGGUAUGGCCAAGAAAAUGGCUUGGUUCCGAGCGUCGUCCCAGCAGCAGUAUGGUUCCGAAUCAGAGCCGCCCGUAUCUGCCGCCGAUCGAGUCCCGAAUGGAUUUUGGAUAUCGUUGGCCCUUGUCGUCACCGAAGCGCUUUCCGAAGCGAGCUUGUCAGGCAACAUCCUCAAAGUGGUCAUGGAACAGUCGCGCGAGAUUCUCGAACGUUUCUUGGGGGCAGCGGCCUCUGAAGUAGGGAUCCCGCAGCAGAGCACCGGAAGCCGCCACAAGGCAGAUAGUUCCGAUAAGAGCAUGACACUCCACCUGUUGAGCGUCGACCAAAAUGCAACAUACAUCGGAUAUCAGCACAAAGGUGGCGACGGCAGUCUAUCGGUGCUGGAGGUUCCCAACGCGGUGGCAAAGUGGGAGCCUCCUUUGAUGGACGUCGCAAUCCAGCCCGAUGGGUAUGACUUUGAUGAGGAACAUUCGAGAUGGCGCCGAAGAGAAAGCCGUCGCUCCGUUGUGUUGAGCAUUGAGCAGCAGCCCAAAAUGAAGUUAUUGGCCCCCAAAGACACCGAACCUCUCCUCAGAAUGCCGCGGAGGUUCGAUUUCAUGAAGGAUUUGGAGCUUGAGGGAAAAAACGUUACGUCGCUCAGAGGAAUGCCCGAUAUGCCCAUGCUCGAGCACCUCAAACUCGUUACAAAUGUUGGGAGUCUCCAAGGAUUGCCCUCAAUACUUCCGUCGCUUUGCCGCUUCGAUAUCGAGGGCUGCACUCAACUGAAAACACUUCACGGGAUGUCCGAGAUGCCGAAGCUGACAAAGUUGAUCCUGCCUCAGUCAAUUGCCACCUUGGAAGAGCUGCCAGAGAUCUUGAAUUCACUUGAUGUGAUGGAUUUGUCGCGGUGCACUGAACUUGCAUCACUCAAGGGUCUCUUCAACUUGCCAAAAUUGACGGUGCUGAAGCCUCCAAGUGGCCUUAAAGUCCUUGGAAUGCCAAUGGCCCGCCUAUGCUCGCUUGAUGAACUCGACCUGUCGAAGGCCUCGAUGCUUGAGUCCCUCGAAGGCUUUCCACAGACACCCAAGUUGACGAGAUUGAAGCUGGGUGGACUGAUAUCCAGCCUGUGUGGGUUGCCAAGCUCCAUGCCAUCCCUCGAGAGCCUUGAGCUCAUGUGCCAUUCACUCUUGUCGCUCGAUGGAAUGCCAGAGAUGCCCAAAUUGGUCAAGUUAACAUUGCCUCCAUCAAUACGAAGCUUGGAAGGACUGCCAAAAGUCCUGAGGUCCCUUGAGACCAUGGAUCUCUCACAAUGUAGCAAACUCGAGUCUCUCCAAGGUUUUACUCAGCUUGCAAGGUUGUGGGUGCCAAGAAUCACAAUGGAACUCGUGGUCCCUGACAUGCCAACGACCUAUCGGGAACCACUUGUUGAGCUUGAUUUGCCAUCGUCAUCCGAGCCCGAGUCCCUGGAAGGUUUGCCAAGUCUGAAGAGACUGAGACUGAGCGGUUCAUUUUCCAGUCUUCAUGGACUGCCAAGCUUCCUGCCGUCCCUCAACUGGAUGAGCCUCAGCGGAUGUAGUAAACUUGCAUCCCUCGAAGCUUUUCCAUACACACCCAAUCUGAAGAUCUUGUAUUUGGACGGAGUACUUUCCAGCCUUCAUGGCCUCCCAGAACAUCUACCGUUCAUUGAGGGGAUUUACAUCCAUUGCCGUUCGCUCACAUCGCUCGAAGGCUUUCCGCCCACGCCAAAUCUUCGACAUUUGAUGCUGCCGCCGUCAAUCAGCAGCAUGCGUGGCCUUCCAAACAUCUUGCCUCGCUUGGAGACUCUCGAGUAUUGCCAGCAAAGGCACCCAGUUCAUGCAACAAGCCUUCGCGGCUGCCCCCUCAUGCCUGCCCUUCGGCAUCUUCAGCUUCCUGCCUCGGUUCGAUCCUUCCAAGGCCUUCCCGCUGAGUUGACAAACCUGGAGAAACUAGAUUUGCGCGCCUGCUCCAACUUGUCCUCGGUCGAAGGGCUCCCCCGCAUGCCCCUCCUCCAGCAUUUAGACUGUGGCGAUAUGGAGUCAUCACUGUUUGGCGAGUUGGAGCGCCGUCUCAAACAGAUAUCACCGCAGCUCCAUGUGAGUCGAUCAAGACAUCCCCAGAGCCGCUGGAACUCUCAAUAAACAGCAUGAUCGGAUUUUAAAGUAGAAUACUGUCUCCUCGAUGACUGUAAGGACCCUGGCGGUACUGAGCGCUCCAUCUACCCUGGGUAGGCUAAUGACAGCGGAAUGAUGCUCAUCCACACUUAAAAGAUGAGUUUCCUUGAUCAAGGAUCUGCAUCCCGACAGGGCUUGGGGGCAAGUGCUGUUUUACAGUCAAUCCAAUAUGAAACGGGAC